AUGCUAGUGUACAGCGAAUCGCGAAGCGUUAUUGUUCUGGGAAAUUAUCCCCGUCGGCCAUCGCAGAAUACCUCCACAGUCUUUCAACUGUUCUCGGAUACAUCUCAAAAGAACAGCUGGCCAGUGCUGGAGCAACCAGAGACCCUGGUUCAGGCUCAUCACUGCCGCAAAAUGUGCCAGGAUUAUAAGUGCUCCUGGAUGCCGCGCAGUACACAUAUCCAGGAAUAUGCUGUUCAUAUCUUUGACCAACGUAAAGAUGGCCAUUAUGUGAUGAUUAUUGCCGGGAUUCUCAAGAAGGAUUUUCAUGCAUGUGAAAAGCCGUUCGACAGUAUCCAGGCAAGUAGCUCGAUGCUCACCCUCACAUAUUCCUCGUAUAAAGUCCCGAAGGAUAGGCAGUUGUGGAAAAUGGGCGUCGAGGUUGCAAGCAACUUCAAGCCUGUUCUGGGAAUAUUUCGAGGCCAUAAACGGGUCUGA